AAUAAUACCAAAAACAAAGAAAAAAACAAAAGACAUGAUGUUGGAACAAAAUACGGAGUAUUAUCCUUUCCGUAAUUUCAUGCCUCUAGAAGAGGAUUUUACAAAAAAAAGUGUACUUUAGGUCGUACACGUGGCCAGAGCCCAUGUCCCACGAAACCGAAUGAACUCCAUUUAUACGUUUCUGAUUCUCUCACACACAACAAAAACUUCUUCUUUCCCUUAAAUUCUUCUCGCCCCUUGAUGAUUAUGAUGUUUAUCUCUUACACAGACUACUAUAUUUCUGUACUAAAAACCUAAACCAGCAGCUCCCCCUUGGAGGGUUUUAUCAUUUCUUUUCAGCAAGGUAUUUAAAAACCACAGCUUUAUCUGGUGUGCUCUAUUUGAGUAUUUUCUCAAAUUUAUCAAACAAAGAUAGGUUUUUUUUUCCCCCUUCCCGGGCCCUCCUCCUUUUUUCCCCCUUUAGCAUAUGUAAGCUUUUUUUCUGCUUAAUCUUUUUUACUUUACUGAUUUUCUGUUUUUGACAUGGAUGAUCAUAUUAUAAUAUCCAGCACGUUUAGCUUCUUUUGUGUUUGGAAGUUUUCUGUAUGGGAUCGUGUUUGUGAUCAACUGACAGUUGUUUGUUAUUUGGUAACCUCGAAGUGAAAUUGGAUUGUGUUUUGCUAAAGCUUUCUUCAUUCCUGCUUUUCCAAUUGAUUUUUUUUGUGUUUUUAGGGCUCCUCUGUCUAAGUUGUAAGUUCUUGGUAAUUGACUAGUGAUUGAUGGGUUGGGAAUACCAUUUGUGUGAACUGUGGCUUAAAGUGUAGUUUUGAUGAAAUUGCUAAAUUGGUCCUGAGAAUACAUGAAAGAUUGAGUCUUUAUUUAAUCGUUGGAAACAUAAGUUUAUUCCUUGUACAGACUUAGAAGUAUAUUCUGGUAUAGGAAAAGAAUUUCUUUGGAGUUCUAUGCAAGUCGGAGAAGUGCUAUGAAAGCUUGCUGGAAAAUUUCCUUGGUUGUACGCCAAAGCCAAAGUAAUGCUAGAGAUCACUUCUUUGUAUUGAAAAUGGAAUUGGAUCAUAUAUCAAGCUUUCCUAACGGGCUUGUAGACCAGUUUCUGAAUAACGAAAAAUUGAACAUUAUGGAGAGGGAACAGGAAAGGACAAGGGGACAAGGGUGAACUGCAUAGGCUUUUUGCCCAUUUAAGAUCAUUAUACAAACCUGGUAUAUGAAGCUUUCUCUUGUUGUGCCCCCUGUCUUAUUUAGGGUAAUGAUUUCGCCCCCUUUUGUGUUCUGUGCUAUUUGUUGCGGCGAUUGGCAUUUGGUCUAUCAAGCAUUCAUAUCAAUUCAUUUCACUUAUUUGCUAUUAUAGUAGUUUACUGACUUUGAAUAUGCCACUUCUUUCCCACGCUAGGCAAUGAAUUGAGUGCUAAGUCUGUUAAACCAGAUAGGAAUUUGACAUCCCAUGAUUUAUGUAGUAUCACGCUUAAUGAUGUUAAAUUUUGUUGUUUCCAAAUGGGAUGAUUUGGUUGAACACUAUGUAUGGUAAUCCCUUUUUUUUUUUUUGGUUAACUUCAUGAUGGUAUGAUUGCGUCGCUCAAUAUCUUUAUCUGUUCACUUUCUCUCACUUGCAAGAAUCUUGUCUCAUAGCUAUGUUCACUACUAAUGUUGAAUUCUGUGUGAUUUUGAAUUCAUUUAAGAAUCUUCGAACCCUAUUUGUUAAUGAUUUAAAUCAUUUGAGGUUUACUGUCAUACUGUGGUGGUGGGGUUAGGAUUGAAAAUUUUGUUUGGAGAAGGCGGCAAUAUUAGGGUUAGAGAAAUUUAGUGUCUUUUUGUUUCCAUAUCUGUUCCUGGCAUGAAAGCUAUUCAUGCUACAUUUAUUUUGCUUUAGCAUUUCUUUUUCUUCUAGCUUAUUAAUUGAAAUUUACAAUCUAAAGUUGCUGUUCUACUCGAUUUUUAUGUAUAUUUUGAUGAGCUUCUCGAGGUUGAUGACAUUUACUUUUAUGGUUCAUGCCUUAACAACUAUAGUAUUGAUUCUCACUAUGCCUUUCUAUUGUUGUGACACCACAUGCAUAGCGUCAUCAACCUGACUCAUAACUGGGUACAUUUUAUCCUUCUGGUGACAGCAUGACGGAACUAUACCAUUGUACCAAUUAACAUAAUCAGCUAUACGUCAUAAUAAACAUGGGUUUUAAUUUAUUUUUCGAGCUAGCUUCUGUAGUUCACUUAUCAAGUGAUUUUUUUAUUUUUUUAUUUUAUUAUUAUUAUUUUUUUUGCAGUUACACAACACAAACAUAGAAAAUAAGGUGUCACUUUAUCAUUUGCUGAAUUAUGGAUGUGAAAGGUCUUGCAUGGAUUGGGAAUAUAUAUCAGAAGCUUGAAGCUAUGUGCCUGGAGAUGGAAGAAGCUAUGUAUGAGGACACUGUCAAGUAUGUUGAACAUCAAGUUCAAACUGUAGGAGAAACAGUAAAGAGAUUCUAUUCAGAUGUAUUGCAAGACUUGGAUCCAGAGUCUUAUGUUGACCCCGUGAAAGUUGCUGCUGCCGACUUGUCCUUGAAUCCGUAUGCUCAAUGUGAGCUUAAGCGGAAAGCAAGGUCAAAGAAAGAUGGUCGAGAGACUGACUGGAAAUUUAGUGAUGAUUCUAAAGUCAUCUCUGGGAAAGUUAGUGCUGGAGUUUACAGGCGUGCUACUGCGAAUAGGAAAGGGGGUUUUAAGGGAAAUUUGGCUCCACCUCUUUAUGCACCAAUUGCUCCCAUUUUAGAAACUAAAAAUAACGUGUCUCCGCUUGCCCAAUUGAAAAGAAGUCGUGAAGUGACCACCGGUCAUUUUGAUGCCGUCCCUCCUGCUCAGUUCGAUGGAGUUUCCAGGGACACAACUGGGAAAUUUUCCAAACCUGUGGUUGAUACAGUUCUACCUAUUUCACGUGCGUCCGUUGAUUCCCCAGCUACUUCUACAUCAGCAUUAGGAACUGAGCAUCUGCAGACUGAUGCUGCAUCUACUAAAGUUGGUUCUCCAGCUGCUGAUUCCAUGAUUGAGUCAGCUUCGUCAGAUGGUUUGAAGAAUACUGGUCAUGCACCUGCUUCAGUAAUUUCUCCUGAUGCUUCUACACUCCUUUCUGCUGCAACAACCGGGCAGAAACAAGCUGAUCAUGCAUUUACAUGCGCAUCUGGUGGCUUAUCAUCAGUGUCUUCUGAGACAUGUAUGAAAGGUGGAAUUACUUCUGGGACUGAAGAAACCAUUUACGAUGACACAGACUAUGAGGAAUUUUCCAGGGAAGAAGUCACCAGGGCUCACCAAGAAAGACUAGAUGGCUGUAGCAUAGAUGCAGCUAAGAGUAAUGUUACCAUUGAUCCUGACGUGGAAAUCGUUGAGCCUUAUAACGAGUCCUUUCUGGAGGAAACAUGUGUAAUGGUGGAUGGUGAAAGACUUCAUGCCCUUCCACUGGUGAAAGGCGACCGAAAAUCCUUUAAGAAAAAACUAAGGGAGGCUUUUUCAUCAAGAGUAAGGUUGACAAGGAAAGCAUAUGAACAACUUGCAGUAAAUUAUUCAGAGGAAGAACCAGUUCAAGGAAGUGGACAAAGAAGCAACCCUGAUUGCCAAGCAGACUCCAGCACAAAGAUAUUACCGGCCCAUAGUUCUGAAUCUGAGUGGGAGUUGCUCUAAACAUAAUUAUUAUGAUGUAAAUAAAUUUCCCUUCGGCUCAUAUGAUGCUGUCAGUUAAUAGUAGCAAAUGGAAGUGAAAAUGCUGAGUGUAGAUAACCUUAGGCUAUAAGGGAAGAUAGUCCCUUGGAAUAUAGCAAUCCAUAUGAGUUAUGCACGCAAGGGAAGGUAAUCCCUUUAAAUGGUCAUAUAUAAUUAUGUUAUAUAAUGGCAGAAACUCCAAAAUUAUAUGCAGGAAUGGCUGUAAAAUCAAAUGAGUUUAAGCCUGAGAGGCUGAGAUAUUAUGUAUUUAUGUCAUCCUAUGUAGCCAGCAUCUGGUGCUGAAUUAUCAUGGUUGCCGGUGGAAGUUGGGUUGUGUUGGGCUCUAUCAUUUUCUUUUGCAAUUUUGAAUAUCUGAAUAUUGUGCGAUGCAAAACUCUUGGGUUCAGGGACGCGCAGGGUGCACUCUGUGCAUAGGCGGUGAUGAGAGCAGGACUUGUCAUCUAAGGUAAGCGCUUAACUGUUUAUUGCCAAGUCCCGGAUUGAUUUUGGUACAAGUAUUUGGAUAUUGGUAUAAGUAUUUGGAUACUGGAGUUGGUUUUCGAGAUUGAUAGAGUAUAUACACCAGGUAUUUUAUGUUUCAUUAGUAAGUACUCCAUGGUGUUUUGGAUUAGGAAACUUCAUUUUGUAGAAUUAUCUCCAAUAUACAGGAGGGAGUGUCGUUCGAACUCCCUUCUAUGAGCCUUACUGCCAACGAGCUUUAGGUAGUGUCAUAAAUUUUGCCUGGUUGAAAGAGAUGUUUCGUUUUGCAGCUGGUGCAACUUGAGUUUGGCAUCGAGAAUUCAUCCUUACAAAAGAGAAACACUGUAUUGGGCUUUGCUAGCUAUGAUGAUCCACAGCAAGAGUGUUGAAUUGUUGGUUGUGGUAUAGUGCGAUACAUGCCAGCAACAGGAUUUUAGAACUCUAGUUAAGAAGUGUUGGUUUCGACAGCGCCGAAAAUGGAAAGGGACAGAACACUUACGAAGCACAUUGAUGAUUAACACGUGAUAAAGGUCUAGUAGUAGACUCUUUAUCAUUUUCUCAUCUCCUCCUUUUUUGAGUUUUCACCUAAUCCGAACUAUUUGCAUCCGAUCCUAUGCCUACCUUUGUGGGAGGGUCCUUGAAACUGGGAAAUUGAGCUUCCUUGCUAUUGGGAUUCCUGAGGGGACAAUUCCAGACUUCAGAGGUUGAAAAGUGAUUCUUAUGCAACCUAAUAAUCCAUUGCUACAUAUGAGUGUUCUGCUAAUUUCAUUGAUUUUGCCCAAUUUGGCUUGUCGGGUAGAUGCAGCUAAUCAGAGGCUGGUAAGCCAUUUUGAUCCAAAUCAUAAAAGGUUAAAGGCUGAUGAUGACUGACAGGACUUUAUAAAAGUACUGUAAUAAUAAUAAAAGGAUACAAAUGAAUAUUCCA